AUGAGUACGACUAAAUCUCUUACAUCACAGCAAUCUCCACAGAAACCCUUUAAAAAAAUAAUGACAUGGAACAUUAGUAGGAAAAGUAAUAAAAAACAUCCUCAAUUGUAUACUUCUGAUAGUGCUCCAGAAGAUGAAUCAAAUUCAGGUGCACCUCCAGCAAGUCCUACUCCUAGUUUGAAGAGUCUUAAAUCAGGUGGAAGACCUUCAUUAUUUGCAACUUUUGCACGAAGAGAUUCUACAAAAAGUGAACGUUCUUCAAGGAGUCGUUCACCUACUAGUCCUAGACCAUCUUAUGAUUAUACGGAAGGAAUACAUACUCCUCCAAGUCCAACCCCGUCAAGAAAUUCCAUGAUUUUUGAACGUGAUAUUGAAAAUCAUAAGCAUCUCAGUGUUCAUGAAGCUAUUGAUCUUGCUAUCCCACCUGUUUUAGACGAUGCAGCUGAGGCUUUUGUAAAUGAAGAAAUACCUAUAUUCCUCACAGAAAGUAUAGACGACGAUGAUGGUGUAAUUCAAAAUGGAUCUCAAGUAGUGAGAGGAAAAAUUGUCACAUAA